CAAUAUACUGUGUGGAUUUUGUAUAACCUAUAUUUGCGUUCCUUGCGUUCCAUUAUUAUUAUUUUUUCGAUCAAUUAUAAGAAAUUAAGUUUCAUUUUCCCGGAGUAACAUAAUAUAAUUGUUUUCCGACAUGAAUGGUGGUGUAUGGGAAGUUGUCGGUAAGAAUAAAAAAGAGAAAAAUGUUGGAAAAGUUGGUAAACUUAGCAAAGUUGAAAAGAAGAAAUUUAUUGAAAAUGCACCUAAACUAGAAGAUUUUUUACCCUUAGAUCAAGUGAGGUCUUUAUAUAAUAACUUAGAUGGUAAUAAAGAGAAUAAAAAACCUGUGAAAGAAAAGGAAAGUAAAACUAAAGAAAAUGAAGAAAAAAAAAAGCAACAGAGGCAGUUACAAAUUGAGAAGAAAAAGGAAGAACAUCCUAAAGAAAAAAUACCAAAAUCAAUAGAGGAGGCACUAAAUUGGAUUGAUGUAACCGAAGUACAAAAUUUAUUAUUAAAUCAUCAAGCUCGCUUUCCAGAUGCACCGUUAAUUUGGCUAAAGAUACUUGUGGCUUUUUUAAAUUCAAAAAUCACUGUUGAAAAAGAUGAUCCUGUAUUUUCUAGUAGACCUAGUACAUAUCCCUUAAUUCUUUUACCAAAAGAUUUACGUAAUGUAUUUGAGAAGACUAUUGAAAAUGCUGGUGCCUCAAAUAUUCAACUUUUUUAUGAAUUUAUUCUGACAGCUAUGACUACAAAAAUGGUAAAAGGUGUACCUGUUGUAGGGUAUAAAAUAUUUGUUCAACUUUUAGCUAAAUAUGAUCCUAAACUCAGUAUGGUUAAUAUACCAAAAUUAAUUAGUAUGAGAAAUUCUUAUCAGAAUAGGAAGCCUAUAGGAUUGUCUCUGUUGUGGUCUUUCAAUCAGGGAGGGAGAGAAAAUUUAAUGAUUGGCUUGCAAGUAUGGCAUGAAGUUAUGUCUCCAAUGCUCGAAGCAAAAAGUUACUCUAGUUAUAUAAUUCAAAUGUUGAAUGAUCUUCUUACAUGGCAUAGCGAUGAAAAGAAUCUUCAAACUGAUUUAUAUUUUAAUAUUUUAGAAGACUUUUGCUCCGGUAAAUUAAAUAUUUCUCAAUCUGUAAUUGACGAAGGAAUUUUAAUUCUUAUUAAAUUAAGGAUUAUACUUUUUAAAAAUAACAGUAUAAACUACAGGAAGCUUUUUGAAACUUUGUUUUUCAAAGUGACACCAAAAACACUUGAAAAAUAUAAGAAUGAAAGUUUGAAAAUGCUUUUAAAUUGUGUGAUACAUGAUGAACAGUGUUUUAAUGUAUGGGAAUCACUUCAUAUGAAAAAUUUAUUUAUAUCUAGUGAAUUUUUAAAAUAUAUUGAUUCUUGUUGGCAUUCAGUACAUUUAUUUAUAAAUACAAUAUCUUUUACAAAUGUUCUCAUUUCAUUUCAAUCAUCAUAUAAAAAGUCAAAGAAGGGAAAACGAAAAGAAGAUAAAUAUCUUUAUUUAUGUAGCAGUCUUUCUAAGGAACUACUUAAAAGAAUGUGUACAAACAAAUCUAAGAAAAGCAGUUUACUUUGGAAAUUUGGGAGCUUCUUUUUACUCUUCUUAUUGAGUUUAAUUGUUGUAUAUGAUAUUUACAAACAUGAAUCUUUAGAAGCAACAAAUAUAGGAUCAUUCAUAAGGGACAAAGAAAUAACUACACAUGUUCAAAAAACUUAUGUCUUUAUAAAAUCAUAUUUUAUCAAACAGUUUGAAUAUUUUGAAGCUAAUUUUCCACAAUAUUAUAAAACUAUUGUUGAUCUUUUUAAUUCAUAUAUUAAACUGAUUAAUGAUGUUUGCCUUGUGGCAAAAUCUGUUAUUAUACAACUAUACAGUAAUUUUUCAUCUUAUUUCUCAACAAUAAUCCCCAUAGUUGUGGCAAAAAUUGAGCUUUAUGUUCCUGGAUUACUGGAUUUUAUACAACAAAAUGCCUCAAAUGGAAUACAAAUAAUGAAAAUUUAUGCUGAAUUGAUGAUAGAUCAGAUCAUUAACAACCUUACGAAAGUAGUAAGAUGGUUGAAAACAAACGUUUUUAUUGGAAAAUUGAGUCCAGAAAAUCUACAAAUUUAUGCUAAUCAAGCACUUAACGUAACUCAUACUUCUGCUACCAAAAUAUAUUAUUGGGUGUACAAAAAUAUGCAAACACUUUAUGAAGUUGAAUGAAGAGUAUUUUGAGUACCGUGACCAACAAUUUAAAUUAAACUCCUUUGGAUCUAUGUUU